AUGAACAAGAAAUACGACAAGCUUGGUGAUGCUGCCUUCAGCAAGGUAGACAAGAUUAGUGCAGAGUUGUUCACUCUUACAUAUGGCGCAUUGGUUACACAACUGAUCAAGGACUAUGAAGAUAUUGACCAAGUCAAUACCAAGCUUGAGCAAAUGGGAUAUAAUAUAGGCGUUAGAUUGAUCGAGGAGUUCUUGGCAAAGUCGAGCAUUGGACGUUGUGCAGACUUUAUCGAGACGGCAGAGGUGAUUGCAAAGGUUGGUUUCAAGAUGUUCUUGGGCGUCAGUGCUCAGAUCAGUGACUGGGACGCCGAGAAGAAGGAGUUCCAUCUGAUCAUCGAUGACAAUCCCUUGGUGGACUUUGUCGAGCUCCCUGAGCAUCUCAAGCACAAGCUUUACUACUCAAACAUCUUGUGUGGCGUCAUGAGAGGAGCUCUCGAAAUGGUUCAGAUGAAGGUCAAGUGUACCUUUGUCAAGUGCGCACUGUCUGAUGAGUCACCAUCAGAGAUCAAGGUUGUUCUGGAAGAGGUCUUGUCUGAUCUGGCGCCAGUUGGCUAUGACUAA